ACAGGGCGCCGUGCUGCUGGCGGUGAGUUUAAAGAGUCCCGAUCAGUGAUCCAGAUCAGGUCUGCAGGGGAAAUAGUCAGCCGCUUCAUGAGCAGUCGGUUCUAUAACGUUAUUCUGAGCUGAACCGGAGAUGCCAACAGACAGCAUGCCACUGCAGGAUCUGCCCUGCCUGAGUCUCCAGGGCUCCAUGUUGUCUCAGCCCAAGAGGGUCAUGAAACGCAAGUCCAGGGACUGUCUUAGUGAGGGCCUGGACACUGAGUGCACUCCAACAGAGCUCAUCCAGCAGUGGUCUCCAAGCCACAAGCACCAGCGGCUCACCAGCAAGGGGAAAGAGAACGACAGCAGCCAGUUUGUCCUCGCCAGGAGAUCCAGGAGGAAAAAAGACUCCACCUCAGCUGACAUUUCAUGGGACCACCUACCUGACGAGCUGCUACUCAAGAUCCUCUUCUACCUGUCUCUGCAGGACCUCCUCAGGAUGUCAACUGUUUGCAAACGCUGGCAUCGCUUAGCGUUUGAUGAGUCUCUGUGGCACAGCGUGGAUCUGGAAGGUUUGACCCACAUGGGUCCAGCUCUGCAGCAGGUGCUGAAGACCGGAAUCCGCAGGCUGCGCUGCCCUCGCUCCUUUGUGGAAGAGCUGCACUUCACAGGAACAGGGCCACUGCAGAUCGUUGAGAUGGAUCUGUCCAGCUCGAUCAUCCCCACCUCAGCUCUGGAGAGCAUCAUCUGUCACUGCAGGCUCUUGGAGUAUCUGAGCCUGGAGGGUCUGCAGCUCUCUGACAUCAUCAUCAGCUCCCUGUCCAAGAACCCAAACCUGCUGCAGCUCAACCUAAGUGGCUGCUCCGGCUUCUCUGCUCCUGCUUUGUCUGACAUGCUCAAAUCCUGCUCCAGAUUAAAGCAGUUGAACAUAUCAUGGUGUGACUUCAACAAUAAUCAUGUGAAGAGUGUUGUUGAUAAUCUGAGCUCCAGUGUUACGCACCUCAACCUCAGUGGUUACAGAGAGAACCUCACAUUAGACGAUGUGAAGGUGUUGGUGACGCGAUGCCCCCAUAUUGAAACUCUAGAUUUAAGUGACAGCACUCUGCUGAUGGCCGACAGCUUCCCCGUCCUCAAACAGCUGAAGCAUCUGCGGCAUCUGUCCCUGAGUCGCUGUUACCACAUCCACCUCGCUGCUCUCACCGACCUCGGUAAGACGUUCCCCAUGCUGGGCCUGCUGGAUGUGUUCGGCCUUGUACAGGACGGCCAUCUGCCUUCUCUGAAGAAGGAGUUGCCUUACGUCGGCCUCAAUUCCAGGCCGUUCUCCAGCAUCGCUCGGCCUACGCCAGCCAGCAGGCUCACCGGCUCCUGCAGCAACCGCGCCAUGUGGAACAGGAAGUGUCAUCUGAGGUUCAAACUGUAACCCCUGCGCCUCGUGUUUUAAGCAGUUUGUUUCUGUUGAUUGUUUUAUCCCUGGGGUAUUCCAACACGCAUAACGGGGAGUGCAGCCUGUUGUGCAGUGAUGGAGCCAUGUUUCAGUGUUUCUUGCUGCUAAUAGAACAGGCUUUUAGUGUUUGCUGGCCUUUACAUACUCAAGGUCACAUGCUGGACCAAGCUGUGAAGUGCUGAACAUGCAAGCUUGUAGAGAAAUGUAAUAUUUUAUGUAGGAAGUCACAUUUGGAUGUUGAAUCCAGUUCUUGUUGGAAUGUGUUAACACACUUUUAGUGGAUUUUGUUUUUUUAAUCCGUUUUGUUCUAAUGUGUUAAUUUAAAAUAUCUUGUAAGGGAAACAUGGUUGAAAAGGCUCAAUGAAAUGUUAAUCAGAUACAUUUUAAUACUGAUGGCAGAAACAUCCUGUUCUCAGCUCUAAUAAUGAGAACAGUUAAAAUCAGCAAGGAAGUUUUAAUGUAAAAUUAUGUGUUUUGGAUCUCCAGACUAGUUGGAGAAUUCCCGUUGAACCGCGUUGUUGCUGAACAGACACUAUGUUUAUAUGCAGGCUUACACAUGGCCUCGCUGUGUGCUACUGUAAUAACUGCUCAUCAUUCAUUAGCGUGACUCCUCCCCAGCCUGACAGUGGCUGCUUUUAAGCUCAUUAUGUCUGUGUACAGGGGUCAGGUAGAUGUGCUCACUGCUCUAGAUUACAACUCAAAUGCCAUACAGACUGAACUUGAAAUGAAUUUUAACUUGUGAAUUGUUCAUCUUCCCUUUUUUCAAGUAAACCACUGAAUACCCAAA